UGGAGGCUGCGGCAGUGGCGGAAACAAAAAUCACAGCCGGUGCCGUCGCCCAUUCCCCCCCUCCCCCGCGAUCGAGUGAGGAGGGUGUUGGGGGAGAUAAUAAACGGUUCCGUGAGGGUUUCCGCUGCAGACCCUGGUCCGUGGGUGAUGGUAGAGCCGGGGCUGAGCUCCCUGCGGCCUAUCCGGCGGGGCCACGCCUGAUCUCCGAGGGCUCGUCGUCCCCCUCUCACGUGAUCCGGGCGAUGCCGCGAUGUGAAUCCGGGGUGGGCGGAAGCAGGAAGUCGUGCCGCGGUGGCCGGGGCUUGAUCCCAGCUUGGAGCUGAUCCGCGGCGGCGGGCGUUCUCCAGCCGCCGUCCUACUCACUCACUCACUCACUCACUCACCAGGGCUUCAUCCCGGCCCCGUCUCGUUCAGUCACAGAUGAAACCGGCGGAAUCCUGGACACGCUCCUUCCCUGAUUGUCAUUCCUUCCCGCAUUUUGCGCCCGGAAGUUUAGAAAGGGCUUACAGAACCAAGUGGCGUGACUUUUUUUAAGAUGGCUCUGGCAGUACAUUUGGGAACACCAAACGAGAAGUUGUAAACUCGGAGGCGGAAAUACUGCAAUAAAUCAAAGCUAUGAUGAAUUUACUGGAAGCGAAAAUUGAAGCUGCCGUAUUUGUUUCGAAAGUUCAACCAUUUGUAAAUCAACAUUAGCAUGGUCUUUCUUUUCCUCGACGUAAGAAUUAUUCUUUGCCUGCCCUCCAGCUCGGAGUGACGUUUCACCUGGUUUAUGUGGUUUGAUGUACGUUAACUAAAAAGUUUCCGUCUUCAAUCAAGCACAAUGUGUUCGAUGAUCAAAUUUGAAAAUCUACAUGAACUGAAAAGAAUUUGUCACUGGGGACCAAUUAUAGCCCUAUCCGUGAUUGCAGUGUGUUCAUCAAUGGCCAUUAUAGACUCAGUACUUUGGUAUUGGCCCCUCGAUACUCUAGGUGGAAGUAUAAAUUUCAUUAUGUUGAUAAACUGGACAGUUCUUAUACUUUACAACUAUUUUAGUGCAAUGUUUGUUGGUCCUGGCUACGUGCCAAUUGGAUGGAAGCCGGAAAAUCCUCAUGAUGCAGUGUAUCUGCAGGACUGCAGAAUCUGUCAUGGUUACAAGGCACCCCGCUCACAUCAUUGUCGUAAAUGUAACAGGUGUGUGAUGAAGAUGGAUCAUCAUUGUCCAUGGAUCAAUAAUUGUUGUGGUAAUUUUAACCAUGGCUACUUUACCUUAUUCCUGAUGUUAGCACCAAUGGGUUGUAUUCAUGCUUCUGUGAUUUUAAUCAUGACCAUGUACACACAGCUUUAUAACAGGAUAUCAUUUGGUUGGAGUUCUGUAAAAAUUGACAUGAGUAUGGCUCAAAGUAAUCCACAAUUUAUCAUUCCUUUUGGAAUUUACGGAUUUGCCGCCUCUCUAUUUGCUUUAGGAUUGGCAAUUGGUACAACAAUUGCAGUUGGAAUGUUGUUUAUUAUUCAGAUGAAAGUGAUUCUUAGGAACAAAACAUCCAUUGAAGUUUGGAUAGAAGAAAAAGCCAAAGACAGAAUCCAGUAUUAUCAAACGGGUGAGCGGUUCAUUUUUCCAUAUGACCUUGGAAGCAAGUGGAAGAACUUUAGGCAGGUGUUUACAUGGUCUGGGAUUCCUGAAACAGAUGGAAUUAUCUGGCCUGUUCGUGAAGGCAGCCAUCCGUACACGCUAACGAUAGAACAGCUGAAACAGAAAGCUGAUAAAAGAGUGAGAAGUGUUCAAUACAGAGUGAUUGAAGAUUACAAUGGAGCUUGCUGUCCUAUAACAAAAGGUUUCAAAACGUUUUAUAGCACACCUUGUACUGAAGAACCCAGAAUUCAGCUGAAAAAAGGAGAAUUGAUUUCAGCCACAAGGGGUUUGCAGCACUGGAUGUAUGGUGACAAGAACUUGAAAAAUGCCCAUGUUGGAAAGCAGGAACGAGGCUGGUUCCCAAGAAAAUGUGUGGAGAAAUACUUAAAUGGCCCUGCCACAGAUAAAAGAACAGAAGAGGAUAAAAAGAAUUUCUGAUGGCUAUUGGUGCUAGUUCUUCUGACAGCAGAGUUGGUGCUGGCCUUCUACAGGAUCUCCUUUCCUUAGCUUUAAAGUUUUUUUUUCCACAUUUAAUUUCUACUUGACUGGUUUUGAUAAAGCAGUUGUUUUCCUAAGCAUUUCUUUUCUAAUCUAAGAAAUUCCUCUAAAUUUUCAGUGUUUGUGAAACAACCUAAUUAUGGUCAUUUAGAUUUGAGAGGUGAUUCACAAUUUUAAAAUAAUAAAUUCUCUUGCCUUUCA